UGUGAAAUGAUUGUGUGACACCCUUAAUUGCGUAUUACUCUGAUUGAUAUAUUGUUAUUCUAAUUAAAUAUUUGGGGAAUUUUAGAAGGGUGUUACAUUAGUGGUAUCAGAGCAGGUCGGUCUGUCCGGCCAGUUGUCGUGUCGUUACUGUCUAACAAUUGUGUAUUGUUACUAAUCUAACUUUUAAGUUGUGUUGUGGUGAUAAGUUGAAAUGGCUGGAAGGAAUGACGCUGCAAUGGCUGCCGCAAUGCAAGCGAUGGCACAAGCUGUGCAGAACUUGCCAAAUGCUGGUGGAGAUGCUGGAUCACGUAGCUUGGCGACUUUUCAAAGAGAGAAUCCGCCGGUGUUUAAAGGGAAGCAUGAUCCAGAUGCAGCCUUGGGAUGGUUGAAAGAGAUCGAGAGAAUCUUCCGUGUUAUGGAUUGCACUCCAGCUCAGAAGGUUCGGUAUGGUACUCACAUGCUAGCAGUCGAAGCUGAUGACUGGUGGCUAGAGACUCACGAGAGGUUGACCGUGGCAGGUGAAGUCAUUACUUGGGAUGUAUUCCGUAGGGAAUUCAUGAGAAAGUAUUAUCCGGAGGAUGUCCGUGGUAAGAAAGAAAUUGAGUUCCUUGAGCUGAAGCAAGGAAACUUGUCUGUCACUGAUUAUGCUGCAAAAUUUGUGGAGUUGUCCAAAUUUUAUCCUCAUUACACUGGUGCUGGUGCUGAAUUUUCAAAGUGCAUCAAGUUUGAGAACGAAGACAAUAAUGCUCAUUACAAGAUUGUCAGUGACCGCAGGGGCAAGCAACAUCAAAAUCGUGGCAAGCCGUAUGAUGCUCCAGUGGGAAAAGGGAAACAAGGAGCUGCUCCGGCUCAGAGGACUAGUAGGGGAGGUGCUCCUACUGGUAUAGUUUGCUUCAAAUGUGGUCAGGCUGGUCAUAAGAGUAAUGUAUGCACUGCUAAAGUAAAGAGGUGUUUUCGCUGUGGUAAGACUGGCCAUGCAAUAGCUGAUUGCAAGCACAAGGAAAUGAUUUGUUUUAAUUGUGGCGAAGAAGGGCAUAUUGGAAGUCAGUGUCAGAAGCCAAAGAAAUCUCAAACUGGAAAGGUGUUCGCAUUUACCGGAACUCAAACCUCCAGUGAGGACAGACUUAUCCGAGGUACAUGUUUCAUAAAUGGUACUCCUUUAAUUACUAUUAUUGAUACCGGUGCUACACACUGUUUUAUUUCUGCUGACUGUGCUCGAAGACUGGGUUUAAAAUUGUCCGCUUUGGAUGGUGAAUUGAUUGUUGAGACCCCAACUAAGGGAUCAAUAACUACUUCCUUGGUGUGUUUAAAUUGUCCUUUGUCGAUCUUCGAUAAAGAUUUCUAUGUUGAUUUAGUAUGUUUGCCGUUGGGUGGGAUGGAUGUAAUUCUUGGUAUGAACUGGUUGGAGUAUAAUUAUGUUCAUAUAAAUUGUCAUCAUAAGUCGGUGAGGUUUUCCACUCCUGAAGAGGAAGGAGUUGACUUAUUACCUUUCAGAGAAUUGCGAAAAUUGAUGAAAGAGGGAGCUCUGAUGUUUUCUUUGAUGGCGACGUUGUCGGUUGAGAGUAAAGCUAAGAUAGAGGAACUGUUAGUGGUGAAAGAAUUCCCUGAAGUUUUUCCUGAUGAAAUUCCUAGUGAGUUGGAGUCAAUUACAAAGGAGGAGUUGUGCUUUAUCGACGAAGUUCUAAAACCUGCCCAAACCACUGUGCAGCAGACCAUCGGCGAUGCCUUAGCGGUAGCUGAAGAGCUUUCGACUGUUGAGAAGAAGCUUGAACAACUUAAAGCCCAUGCCGACACCUUGGAACCUACGUCUCUCCAUUACAACUUUGAGCUUAAAUCUUUUCAAUCCAAAUUCGGUAAACUUUGA